AUUGUUUUGACUGAAAAUGCCGUCGGUUUCGAAAACGGCGGCGAACGCUUCUCCUCAAACGGAGAAACCAACCCACUAUACGUAAGUAAAGCAAACGUUAAAGGGACAAAAACACGUAUUCGUUAAAAUACCGGCCUUCUUUUAUGUACAGAAAAUUGUUUUAUAGUUGGACUGCUUGAUAUUUCUUCACUCGUAGUGCAGUAAAACAUGGUGCUUUUCCGUUUGUAAAUUCUUCCCAAUGCACGCAGCCAGCCUAGCGUUAACUUGCUAGCUCUCCACUAGCUACAUAUUCAAAUUGAUACAGUAACUUAAUUUUAACACAUUAUUUUGUUAAUUGUAUUGUAUGACCGUAAAAAUGUUAACACAUAGAAAGGAGUCGUAACAUUAAAAAGCGGAAUUCGCAGGAACUUGGUUGGUGGUUAAUGUUAGUUAGCCAGUCAGCUUGCUAGCGUGGACUGGGUAACGUUAGCGAAGUUGAAUGGCUUGCUAGCCAGCAGUGUUAUCCUUUUCCUCUUUCCACCUCGGCCUUAUUUGCUGUCUGUCUACGCAUCUGUUUUGACGUACGUUCUGGUUGUUUGAUCGAGUGCAACGUCGAAAAUCUUGCGUGGAUUGUAUGUGAAUAGUUAAAGUAGAUAGCUACUAGCUAUCACUACUAAGUAGUUUUAGCAGUUCAUGAGGGAUUGACACUAGCUAGCUAUGUAGCUGAAUUUUACAAUCAAAUAUUAGUUGUAGAUGGUGUAAACGUUUAUAUCUCAUUAACUUUACCUUACAUAUUGUCUAAUUUAAAUUUAAAAUAGCGAAGCUGUAACGGUACUAUCAAAGUUAGAUGUGAUAUUCCCCCCUGAGCUUUGGACUUUGUUUUGGAUACUUUUUCACACGGUGUCUGGUGCUGUCUUUCAUUAACACGGCCUUUGUCUUUCCAUUUUGCAGAUAUUUGAAGGAGUUCAGGACCGAACAGUGCCCUCUAUUCUUGCAACACAAGUGCACACAACAUAGACCCUUUACAUGUUUUCAUUGGCAUUUCCUCAACCAGAGGCGAAGACGACCGAUUAGAAGAAGAGAUGGAACUUUUAACUACAGCCCUGAUGUUUAUUGCACAAAAUAUGACGAGACUACAGGCAUUUGCCCAGAUGGAGAGGAGUAAGUGCGAAGCUGGCAUUUUUGUGUGUGAAUUAUUAUAAUGUUCUGGUUAAAUUGUUGCUACUGUAUCAUGCUUAUAAAUAUCAAUAUUGUGUUGUGGCUGUUGUUAAUUCCGGUAGAGAAUACACUCAAUUCACUCACAAUUGAUUUUGUCUGCCACUUAUAACAGUGUUGCUAAUAUUUUAUGGGCGCUGCAUUGUUUCAGUAGGAAGUUAGAUUCUUGCGAAUUCCUGAAGUGAAUGAUCCUCAUUGCACAUAAUUCAGCUCGCACCACUAGCUUAGUGAUGACCUAGCUUGCACAUUGUGUUGUUGACUGGUCUAUUGUUCCAGCUAAUGAUCCGCUAUGCCACGUAUGCCCCUCGAGUGGGACGACAGCCGUUCUCAAUAAUGCGGACCAACUGAAUGAUUUAGCCACAUUCAUUGUCAUUUCAUGGAUGUUUUUUUUUGUAAUUCUCGCUGGACACGUCUGUUUUGAGCUGCGGAUUGGGGUUGAGCUUCUUCCUCCAGUUUGCAGGAAACGAUGAACACACCCCCUGUUUUCUUGCUCGUGAUUGAACCGCCUUUGCACAUAGCCUUCUCCCAUUGGUCGAGCAAGCAAUGUUUAUCGUUCCUGAGUCCGUUGAAAAUGAGGUCGCUUUGAACGAGUUCCUGCUUUGUAUUUACAUUUUACAUUUUAGUCAUUUGUAUCCUUAAUGUUGUUACAAGUAGUUAAACAUUGAAGUGUGUGUUUUUUACUACUUGCACUGUAUCAUUAUGUUAAUUGAAACCUAAGUAGCAUUAAUUGAUACUUUUCCGUGUGCUUUCAUGCGAGUACAAUACAAGAGGGACUUCCUAAAUCAAAUACAAUUUUAUUUGCCACAUGCGCCGAAUACAACAGGUGUAGACCUUACAGUGAAAUGCUUACUUACAAGCCCUUAACCAAAAAUUCAGUUAAGAAAAUGAAGUUAAAAUAAAAAUAAAAAGCAAAUAAUUAAAGAGCACCGGUAAAAUAAAAAACAGUAGGGAGGCUAUAUACAGGGGGUACCAAUACAGAGUCAAUGUGCGGGGGCACCGGUUAGUCGAGGUAAUAUGUACAUGUGGGUAGAGUUAAAGUGACUAUGCAUAAAUAAUAAACAGAGUAGCAGCAGCCAGGACCUUAAUGUGCUUCUUCUUGAGCCACUCCUUUGUGGCCUUGGCCGUGUGCUUUGGGUCAUUGUCAUGCUGGAAUACCCAUCCACAACCCAUUUUCAAUGCCCUGGCUGAGGGAAGGAGGUUCUCACUCAACAUUUGACAGUACAUGACCCCGUCCAUUGUCCAUUUGAUGCGGUGGAGUUGUCCUGUCCCCUUAGCAGAAAAACACCCCCAAAGCAUAAUGUUUCCACCUCCAUGUUUGACGGUGGGGAUGGUGUUCUUGGGGUCAUAGGCAGCAUUCCUCCUCCUCCAAACACGGCGAGUUGAGUUGAUGCCAAAGAGCUCGAUUUUGGUCUCAUCUGACCACAACACUUUCACCCAGAUCUCCUCUGAAUCAUUCAGAUGUUCAUUGGCAAACUUCAGACGGGCCUGUAUAUGUGCUUUCUUGAGCAGGGGGACCUUGCGGGCGCUGCAGGAUUUCAGUCCUUCACGGCGUAGUGUGUUACCAAUUGUUUUCUUGGUGACUAUGGUCCCAGCUGCCUUGAGAUCAUUGACAAGAUCCUCCCGUGUAGUUCUGGGCUGAUUCCUCACCGUUCUUAUGAUCAUUGCAACUCCACGAGGUGAGAUCUUGCAUGGAGCCCCAGGCCGAGGGAGAUUGACAGUUAUUUUGUGUUUCUUCCAUUUGCGAAUAAUUGCACCAACUGUUGUCACCUUCUUCUUACCAAGCUGCUUGGCGAUUGUCUUGAAGCCCAUUCCAGCCUUGUGUAGGUCUACAAUCUUGUCCCUGACAUCCUUGGAGAGCUCUUUGGUCUUGGCCAUGGUGGAGAGUUUGGAAUCUGAUUGAUUGAUUGCUUCUGUGGACAGGUGUCUUUUAUACAGGUAACAAGCUGAGAUUAGGAGCACUCCCUUUAAGAGUGUGCUCCUAAUCUCAGCUCGUUACCUGUAUAAAAUACACCUGGGAGCCAGAAAUCUUUCUGAUUGAGAGGGGGUCAAAUACUUAUUUCCCUCUUUAAGGAAUACCUGGGAUAGGAUAAAGUAAUCCUUCUACCCGCCCCCCUAAAAAAACAAAACAUAUUGUAAAGUGGUUAUCCCACUGGCUAUAAGGUGAAUGCACCAAUUUGUAAGUCGCUCUGGAUAAGAGCGUCUGCUAAAUGACUGAGACAAAAAUAGAGCUUUUUGGUCUAAACUCCACUCGCCGUGUUUAGAGGAAGAAGAAGGAUGAGUACAACCCCAAGAACACCAUCCCAACCGUGAAGCAUGGAGGUGGAAACACACCGGAAAAAAACCAAAAAAAAAAAACCAAACAAAAAAAAACCCCCCCAAAAAAAAAAACCCCCCCCCCCCCAAACCCCCCCCACACAAAACCCAAAAGCAUAAAAGGCCAGGGGCCCCCCCCCCCCCCCCCCCCCCCCCCCCCCCCCCCCCCCCCCCCCCCCCCCCGGUUUUUUUACCCCCCCCCCCGGGCCCCCGGGCCCCCCCCCCCCCCCCCCCCCCAAAACGGGGGUUUUUCCCCGGGCCCCCCCCCAAACGGCGCCCCUUUUUUUUUCCAAAAGGGGGCCCCCCCGCCCCCCAAACGGGCCCCCCCCACCCGCCCCCCCUCCCGGGGCCUACCCCCGCCAACCCCCCCCCCCCCCCCCACCCCCCCCCCCAGGGGCCCCCCCCCCCGCGCCCCCCCCCCCCGGGCCGGGGGGGUUUUCCCCCUUUGGGCCCCUUAAAACCCCCCCCCCCGGCCCCAUCAACCUCCCCGGCCUUCCCCCGUGGUACCCCUUUUUGGGGUUUUGGGGGGGGGAAAAAACCACCCCCAUUCCCAGCCAAAACCGGCAUUGGAGGUUUCCCCCAUUCUUGGGUCUCCCCCUGCACGUGCUCUGGAACCGUUUUUUUGAAGAGAAGGGGCCCCUGGGAUUUUCCAAUUUGGUGUUUUCCCCGGCAAUGAAAGUCCCCCGGUGGGGCUUAAACCAAAACCCCCACCACGCCGGGCCCAAAAACCCUAGGAGUCUGUUUCUGAGUUUUGGCCACCAUCCUUUGUGCCUUGAUCUUUUGAGGGGGUGGAGGUCCUUCCUCCCUCCUUGACAAAGGCGGAGGUGCAUCCCCGCCUGGGUUGUUUUCCCUCCCGGUCCUCCCAGUCUCCCGAUGACGGUUUUCCCGGGACCCUAUUUUUUUCCCGGACAUACUGCAAAAGCAAAUUCUUAACUCCCCCUUUAUUCCAUUGGUACUCCUACCUGAACUUUUAUUUAGACCCCCUCUCUUUUUAAUAAAGGAAAACCGCCACAUUCAAAAGUGACCAAAACAUCAGCCAGGAAGCAUAGGAACUGAGAAGUGGUCUGUGGUCACCACCUGCAAAACCAGUCCUUUAUUGGGGGUGUCUUGCUAAUUGCCUAUAAUUUCCACCUGUUGUCUAUUCCAUUUGCACAACAGCAUAUGAAAUGUAUUGUCAAUCAGUGUUGCUUCCUAAGUGGACAGUUUGAUUUCACAGAAGUGUGAUUGACUUGGAGUUACAUUGUGUUGUUUAAGUGUUCCCUUUAUUUUUUUGAGCAGUGUACUUGUACUCCCCACUGUACGUGUGAGUAGGGCUGUUGCAGUGACCGUGUUACCGCCACACCGAAUAGAAUAGGUCGACUUUUGUACUAUGGGGGAUAGUAGAUUGACAUAGGCUAGUGAUUUUGCUGUUCGUUAGGCCCUACUCAUCUUGUUGGCUGACAAAAAGUAAAUGUGGACAGUUCUUCCAAUAUCUUCAAUAUGCACCUUGGAAUUGGAUAAGGACGCACAGUUGCGUCCCGGAUGUGUCUGUCUUCACUUGUAGCCUGUGAGAAAGACCCGUUCACGUCACGGAGAGCCAUGUGAGUGAGAGGUGCUUCGGAUUGCACAGAACACUCCGGGAGAAGGGCACAAUGCAGCACUAAGGGCCGCAAAAGGCAUGGAUUUUUUUUAGGGUGCAUUACGGCCACAAAGGGGAUGCCGCCGUGAAAAUCGAGGCAUUAUCAAGUGCUUGUCAAAUUGUGAAUGCGAGGCUAUUGGAGUGUGUACAGCCUGUGCAAAAAAACAACGCAUAGCUCGCCUUUCAAGCAACUUUUUUUCAACUCAUCAUUAGUCUCAUCAUGCAGCCUUACAAUGUAUUAAAAAUCAAAACAUAUAGCCCAAUGUUUGUAGAACUGAAGUUACAUUAAUAACUCUAAAUUAAGCAUAUAGGAGUACCUAUUUCUUUGUUAACUGCUCAACACAUAAUAGCCGCAUGUGCGCACUCCUUCAAAUCGUUUGGAGAAAAUAUUUUUAUUUGAUUCAGCUUUGUUCAAUUCUAUUCUUCAUACUAUAAAAUAAUAUAAAAUUAUGCCAUGGAAUUAUAAGCAAAUCUUGUCUGCUAAAUGAACUAGUGUAGCCCACAGCCAUUUGGCAUAGCCACAUCAGGACCUAUCAUAAGGACAACUCAGAGUAUGGUAUUGUUUUCUUCUGAAAGGUGUAGACUAUAUUACAUGGAUUUAUUAUACUUUUUAAAAUAGCUUGUAGGCUAUGUGUGGAAGCCAGGAGAUGCUAAAUGUGUUUGUUAAUUAACGGUCGAUUACUGUGAGACCAACAGUUAUUUGCUUGACAAUCACCGGCUGAUGAAAUUUUGUGACCGCCACAGCCCUACUUGUGAGUAUCGUUACUGGCAGCACUAUCAGUUAAAGUGAAAAGAUGUUCUUGUUAAUAUUGUCUGUGUUGGUUGGGCAUUUUACAAGUCUCCCUACAAAAUUAACAGAAUUAAGGGUUCACUGAAAGGAAGAAGGCUAUGUAGCUAAAAACCUAGCCUAUGUAAUAAGACAGGAUUUAAGUUCUAGAUUGUAUCUUGAGAAAGAUGCUGUUCAAUACUGAGAAGAACAGCUCUUAAACAUGAUAUUCAAGCCACUCCUAUAAGUUAGGCCUAUUUGUGUCAGAGCACGAUAAAGAAAUGGAGUAACUUGAAACGUCUCACUCACUAGUUCAAUGACAAUCCUCAAUGGCACAGGUCUGGUUAAAGUGCUUGGGUCAGAGCCACAGUUUAGUGAUAUCUAGAGGUAGACACUAGCUGCGAUGUUAAGUAUUUGUGGCAAAUGUGUAGCAUACUGAAUACUUUAUCGAGAGGUUUAUCAUUGAGAGGCUGAGUUUCAGUUUCCUAUAUCAGUGUAUUUGGAAUUUCACAGCAGUAUCUAAACAAUGUUCGUCAAUUCAACCAGCUGUCAUAUUGAAAGUUCUAUACAAUAUUUGAACUCUGCCUGAGAGUGAGCACUUGUACUCUCUAUUCCUCAUUCUACCAGUGGCUGCUCUCUUCUCUUGACAUCACAUAUGUUGCCAUAGUUACUGUUGCUAUCCGAGUAAGAAGCUUUUGCUGUAUUUGAGAAUAUUAUUAGUUAUUUAGCGUUUUCAAUGUGAAUCUGAGCACAUUAAUAGCGAUGUUGCUAUUAUUUCUGUUCAUUUCCGCACCAUACAUCAAAGCCUGUCAGAGCGCUGUAUCUAUAAAAGGCGUUGCAUUCCUCUGACUCCCACUGUGGGCAUUGGCUAAAUUUUAGUUGUUUGUCUGUGCAUAUUAAGCACCAAGAAGAACGGUUGCCACUAAUACAGGGAGGAAGACAAAUCUCUCAUUAUGUUCUGUAACUCAUUCCUUUAGCCUCUGUCUGUUUCCUUUCAAUUAAAAUCUGUGGAAUGAAUUCUUAGGAUAAGCACAGCAUAGAAUUCUAGAAACAUGGUGUAGGAAAUGAUUUUAUGCAGAUUGUAUCACUGUCAUAUCAAAUCCUGAUCAUUUUAAUGAGGAAGUCUGCAUUUGUCUAAUCAUCGUUUCUGUUCCUGUCUAGCUGUCCUUACUUGCACCGGACCACUGGUGACACAGAGCGCAAGUACCAUCUUCGCUAUUACAAGACUGGUACCUGUAUCCAUGAAACCGAUGCCCGUGGGCACUGUGUGAAGAACGGCCUACACUGCGCUUUUGCCCAUGGCCCACAUGAUCUCCGCCCCCCUGUCUACGAUAUCAGGUGAUCUAUCAUGCCUUUAGUAACCACUCUGUUCUCAAGGUAUCAAACCUUCAACAAACAUGUGAAUAGGCUUGUUAAGCCAGUUAGCUGAGUACACAAGGAUAAAUCAUGCAUGGUCUGACCAUGCACUGACAAAAUGUACCAACUGAUUCCAUUUGGACAUCAUAGCUUUGGGGAAAUUCUUAAAUUGACCAGUAGACUAUAUUUUUGAAGAUCGCUAUCAACCCCUUCUCUACCAUUGUUACUUUGAUUUGACAUGGUAGGUCUAGCUGUCUCCAGUACAUGGUAGGUCUAGCUGUCUCCAGUACCUGCCCAUACAUGGCAGUGGGAGAAUGAAACGUGUUCAUCUAUUUUCUUAGCUCAAUUAGCCUCCCUGAUGCCUCUGGAAUUGGCUGGGGCUAAGCAGAUGAAAGCACAAUUUUCUCAUCAUAGAUAUCAGUUAUAGUGUACUUAUUGCCAGGGUUGAUGUUGGUUUUGUUGAGUACCAAUAGGGAGAAAUUCACUGCCUAAAACAGUGCAAACAAUGAAAGUGCUGAAAGUAUGGUGAUUUCUUUAAUGAGAUGAAAGAUUCAGUGGUAUAUUUGAAGUAAUAUCCCCACAUAUCUCAGAGAUGGAUACAAAAAAUAGGCCAAUAUCUGUAUAAGGCAAGCAAUGGACUUGCCAAUAACAAUAACAUACAUUUGCUCUUUUACUAUGAACCAUCUGUUCAUAUUUUAACAUUUUAAAAUACCUGUCACUAGAAGAUAGCAAUACCUUGUCUAACGUCCCAUGAAUGACGUCAAAUUAAGGAAUGGGAGCUUGAAAUAAUUCAACAAAAACAACAUUAAAUGUGGUAUCAGACGCACGCUCAAGUGUUGCCUAGCAACUGUUGAGCUGAAAAAGUCUGUAAGAGCAAGGCAGCCUGAAUAUUCUACAUUUGUCUCUUCCUCUUUUUUUGUUUGUUUUGUGUAGUAGCUCUCUGACUGAUCUUCUUCAUGUGCACAGAGAGAUCCAGGCACAGGAAGCCCUCCAGAAUGGCCAUUUGGGAUCUGGAGAGGGUAUCCCUGAUCUACAGCCUGGGGUACUGGCCAGCCAAGCCAUGAUAGAGAAGACUCUUACAGAGGACCCCCGGUGGCAGGGUGAGCAGCAGACACAUUGAUUCUGGUGGUGGUGUUACCUAGUGCCACAACAUUUCUAUUGAUUGGAUUUCCUUGACCUGUUGCAUUAUAUUUUGGCAUUAUGUCAAGAACAGAAUGUCUUACAAUGAGUAUGUUUAUAUGCACACUAAUAAUUAGAUAUUAAACUGAUUAUGGCAGAAGGCAGAGUAUGGCGUUUGUCAUGUAAACACCUUACUCUGCUUAUCUUAAUCGGCGUGAGAUCAUAAUGGUAGUAAGCAUAUGCCGAUUAAAACACCUGGUUUUCUGAGCAAUCUUUCAAAUUAUUAGGACAUGUAAAUGCCUUAAUCAGAAUUACAGCGGUGUAUUUGAUUGCGCUGCUAGCACGAGCAGCGCAAGCUUCCUUCUUUUGUACAAGUGAAUUUAUGAAAAACUGAAAGUAUGCAUCUUAGAAAUAGUUUUCACAUACAAACUUUGAAUUCAAAAUCAAAUAGUUUUCACAAAAAUAACAUUGUCGCUGUGGUAGAACGUUUAUUUUGAUUAGGGAUUUUUCUGCAUUUAUCAAAGUCACAUCAGGUAGCCUGAUUUCAGAAGUGUCCAUGUAAACAGGGAAAUCAUUAUUAGGGAAAUCGUUAUUCUUGAAAAGCAUGUAAACGUUUAAAUCAAACUAUUAUAUUAAUCUGACUAUUCACAAUAAUUGUUUUAUUGUGUGCAUGUAACCAUACUCAUUGUGUGCUUUCCUUCCAGACACCAAUUUUGUUUUAGCGAACUACAAAACAGAGCAGUGCACCAAGCCUCCACGACUAUGCAGACAGGGCUAUGCCUGCCCCCACUACCACAAUAGUAGAGACAGAAGACGAAAUCCACGCAAGUUCAAAUACAGGUAGGAGAUUGGGACUGUCAAACGAUAGAGAGUAAGCCUUUUGACAACUGUAAUAAUGCUGUAAUAUGUAGCCUGAGCAUUUGUAUGUGUUUAAGUUAAACCCUUUGAAUGAUGUGUCAGGUCAACUCCGUGUCCCAAUGUGAAACAUGGGGAUGAGUGGGGAGAGCCAUCAAAGUGUGACAGUGGAGACAGCUGUCAAUACUGUCACUCACGCACUGAACAGCAGUUCCACCCAGAGGUAAGUGGGACAUUGGACACCUUAUAAAUGCUUAGCACAUUUCGUCUCUUGCAAUGGGGAAUCUGUCAAACCUUGUUCUGGAAAAUGCCACACAGUUAUGAGCAGAAAACCUGUCUUUCUCACUUCAGAUCUUUUUUCUUUCAGAUCUACAAAUCCACCAAAUGCAAUGAUAUGAGGCAAACUGGUUAUUGUCCUAGGGGGCCGUUCUGUGCGUUUGCGCAUGUAGAAAGUAAGUGAAGCUCCUCAAAAUAAGUCAACGCUGUCUUGCUUGUUGACAACCGUUUAAAGUUAAAACCUCCCGUCUGUGAUUGUGUACUUUCAGGAAUUCCCUCCACAGAAGAGACCAUGAACUCGUUGCUAACAGCGAUGCAGUCAGGCUCCCAGGCCAAGCUGGGCUCUCAGCAGUAUUCAGAGUGUCCAGUCAGCGAGUGGGGCAGCAGUGCCAACUCCAUCAGCAGCAGCAACAACGGCCAAGUGGGGAAUGUAUGUGAUCUGAUUACAUUUACAUUUAAGUCAUUUAGCAGACGCUCUUAUCCAGAGCGAUUACUACUCCCUCUGCUUCUCUCAACAGCCUUUUACAAAGGCAUCUGUUUGUAUGAAAAACAUGCUGUCAAUAGAUUAGAUACAAUUAUAGAUUAGACCCUGACUAGAUUAGAUUAAUUAUUUUUUGAUUUUAACUUUCCUUUUUUUUCACACCUUUGUUUUGUAUAUUCUUGUCAUUUUCUGUUUCCGUUCUUCUGUUUUCUGUACUUGCCUUGUAUUUCACUAGUCUGUAACAUCAUUUUGUUUCUGGUAGUACUAGUGCACCAAGGAAUAUACAGCGAAAUUCAAAUGAAUAUAAGAUUCAACAGAAACCAAACCUUAACAAUUCAGUGUCAUUUUCUCUCUCUGAAGCCAGUAUUCAAUCUAAACAUCUUCAGCUAUCAUCUGCUCUCUGGCCUCAUUAGGAAAGCUGGGCGUGUUUGGCUGGCUUUAAAACCCUAUUGUUAAGACCAUGUGUACUUCUCUCCCUCAGGUUUCAUAUUCUAAUAGUCCGACUGUAACGCCAAGCUCAGGAAGCAACAGUUCAUUGUCCCCAAUCGGACCCAUCGGCAGGUCCAAAUGCUUAACUAAUGGUAGCUUAUGUUCAGAGUCCACCACGUCAAGUGUGUCAUCUCUGACGUCUAACUAUCCCAAAGCUCCGGGCUUUGAACGCGAGGAUCAGGUACUACAAUAAGACUGCUCUCCCUCUCUCUCUUUCCCCAUCCUUACGGGAAGACCCCUGCACUCAGCUUAGUGUAGGACCCGCUGCUACACACACUUUGGUCAUAGUUUCCAUUCAUUUGAUCCAGAAUUUUAAUUUAUUUGCAUGUUAAAUUAUUUGUCAUUCAGUUUUUUUAUGUUACGUCAUUUUCUAUAAUUUGUGAUGCCUUGUGUGACUUGGUGAAUAUUGAAAUUAACAACCGAGGCAAAAUAGAGAAUAGUUUACCCAUUCCAGGUCAAAUUCAAUGUUGCACUUAACAUUUUAUGAACGUAGAUUAGACAUUAUGUUUGGAUAUGCAACUUGUAUUCAUGUUAUCUAUUAGUUACAAAACAAAUGUCUGCUUAUUUAGUUUUAGAAUGUCUUAUUAAUGUGUUGUGGUCAUAACAUUAGACAUUUUCUCUCUUUGAUAGGGCUGCAGAUUACUGAUUUAACAGAAUUUUUUCACUUUUAAGAACGGUGUUGGCUUUCUAAGACAUGCCAAUUGCUGGGUUUAAGUGUUGGGUCAUGUGAAUGUGCUGUCUGUUUUCAGAUAAAGAACCAUAAGGGACAUAGUGAUCAAAAGAUGAUGGACCAAGACAAGCAGGUGAAUAACUAAAGCAUUUGCCACUGCCUUUGUAUUCAUAGAAGCUAGUGACCGUGUUUCCCCUAUAUUCAGCUCCAAAAAAUAUGAUUUAUGGAGGAUAAUUUUCGUUUUAUGAUGACUAAAACCAGAUACAGUAUGUAGAAAAGAUAAUGGAGCUAUAUAUAUUUUUUAAAUAAGAUCAUCUUUGAGAACUAACAAUCACCCAAAUAAAAAAUGUCAUGGCAUUUUGAUUUUGUUAUAAUGUUUGAGUCACUCAGACGGCAUAAGCCAUGGCAAAAUGUGUAGAAUUGCACGAACUUAGAUUUAAAACAGCAAUAACUUUGCCGCCUCUGCUGAAAAAAUCCUAGGGGAAACACUGCUAGUGAUAUGUAGAACAUUUUAUAUUUAAAGGUAGAGGCAAAAGGGUUUUGCUGUUAUAAUUUCAAAGUCAUUGGGACCCGUCCAAUCGACUAUUGAUAAAAAAGGCCUAUUCAUGAUCUCCCAUCUAAAGCAUAUGACUAAGCAUAUGCCCAGGCAUGGUAUCUGUGCCUUGUCUUAAUUCUUAACCGAGCACCAAUGUAGUAAAGGUAAGUAUUGCUCAACAUUGACACUAUUGAUGAAACAAUGCCUUACUAUGAACGCCUAUUUUACAGACACACACUAGUGUAUUCUCUGGGAUGAACCCUCUGGCAUCCAGCAUAACCUCCAGUAUAACAUCUAGCCUGGCCUCCAGUAUUGGCUCGGAUAGUUCCUCACCCACCACCUUAUCAACAAUGAAUGCAAAAGCAACCCCAUUCUAUCCUGGGAGCAAUACUGUGGAGUCAGUUAUAGGUAAGUGUACUUGUAUUGUGCUCACUUGUUUGAGGUGUGAAUGUACCUCUUUAUACAAGGAAUUUCUCUAAUAAAAAAAACGACUUGCCUUUUCUUUCAGGUUCUGCUCUUGACCUGAAUUUUUGUGACAUCAAUGUUGCCUCUCUUGAUAAAGAGUUUGAGGAGCAAGAAAACAAAAGUCUUGGUUUAAGUAAGCAAACCUUGUUUGAAACAUUGAACACAAUUGACUUAAGUGUGUUCUGCGUUUUAAAUUGCAAAAUUGAUUUCUGCUUCCUGUUGCCCUCUAGGUCAAAGGAUGUUGGGAGGAUCCGCUCCGGUCAACAUUCCUGGCUCCCUUGCACGGUCCUCUUCAUUGAAUUCCAACUCAUCACUCUCUGCCUCCCCUCUGAGCUCCCUCUCCCAGUCCCUCUCCCAGUGCCUGCUGUCAGGAAUGGCUCCCCAGCAGAGUCAGCCUCAGGGCCUGCUAACCAAACCUGAGCAUGGCCUUCUAGGAACACCUACCUCCUCUCAGAACACUCUGGGUAAGUUAACAAUAUAAUAUUUACUAGCAAUCUUGACAAACAUGCAAGAGUGAGCAUUAUUAUUUUACCUUUAGAGGCAUUAUCAACAAUUCAUAAAUUCAUCUCUACCAUUUUUCUUUGCGCUUUGACAUGAAACAAUUGUGCUGAUCCCACCUUGUAGGUUUGAAUGGGGGAGCUAGCAGCAUAUGGGACUUUGUGAGUGGCAACUUCUCUCCCAGCCCAUCACCAGUGUUCAGCAGCCUGGGCUCCACCACUGUGAGCAGCAGCGCUGACCUGAACCGGCUCUUCAGGGAGCUGGACGAGGCCAAGAGGAAGAUCAAGCAAUGGGAAGACGCCUGGCACCAGGUCAAGCAGGUUAGACACUAGUCCCAUGCAAGAACUAUGACAUGAACUAAAGGCACUGCCUCAGUAAGCAAUACAUCCUGACCCUUGUUAAACCAAUUAUAUAUUUGACAUGUCUCUGUCUGUUCCAGGCAUGUGAGGCCUGGCAGAAAGACUCCCAUGAUGCAAAAGAACAAGCAAAGUCGGCCGAGGCGGAGCGGCAGCUGGCGGAGCAGAAGCGAGAGGACACGGAGCGCAAGCUGAAGGAGCUCCAGGGGGACUUUGACGUGCUGUGUCGCUCCCCUGGCACGCCCCUGCUUAGAAGCUAUGGAGACCUGGACCAGCUCCCUCUACCAAAGCUCCACUCCAUCCAGAGCCAGCUGCGCACUGACCUAGACCUUAUAGACGGGGUAAGAAGGGCCAGAUACUAAACACAUUCUUAUUUAUAGUGAUCAGGAUAUAAAUUAUGGCAGACUAUUUAGCCCAGUGAAGUAUGUUUUUUUUUUUCUUAAGAUCUUGCAUGGAAUCAUUGUAUUGAGUUAUUUCUGAUACAACCUCUUCUCUUCCCAACACAGGUAAUAUAUCAGCUUCAGUCAAAGAAAUGUAUAGUUUGCCAAACGCAUGAUCGUUGCAUAGUCCUGCAGCCUUGCCAACAUUAUGUACUUUGUAAGAACUGUGCACCUAGUAAAUCAGAAUGUCCAUACUGUAAGACAAAAAUAUUGAAGUGGUGAUGUACUAUUAUUCAAGGUACUACUUAAGGAAUUUGCCCUUUGAAGAACUACUAAUACAUAUAGUAUGCUUACAUUUUCUAAAUAGCAUUGUGUUUCAGUAUGUCAUAUAGUAAUUGAAUUAAUAGUUUAAUUUGAACUACAUCAAUGGUGUUUGAUAAAUCAAGUACUUAAAUGUAAUAUGUUAUUUUGUAUUGUAAUGGAUCACUUACAUUUUCAAAAAAGUUUGGGUAUCCAUCGUUCAAGUGGGCCUAAUUUGACUUUUCAUCACUAAAACACAUCAGUCAAACAUUAUUAUUAUGACCAUCUUUGUGAAGAAUAUUGAUUUCUUGUAAAGCACUUUGUUGACCUGGGAAUUUGUUAAAGGGUAUUUUAGAAAGUAGCUUUGAGCUGUUUUUGUAGGUUUUUGUUUCUUAGAUUAUAUAUAUAUUUUUUCUUAAUAUGCUAAUGUUACGAGCUUUUGUGUGUACUGUGAAACAUACUAGAAUAUUUCAUGUUUCCUAUUUUUAAAUCAUGGUAUAGUUCUAUAUAUCUUGUUAGUUUUCAUAGAAAAGUACUAAACAAUAGUUUCUACUUUUCAUUGUUUAAUUUACAUUUUUCCAUCAGAUAAGUGCACACAUUUGAAUGCAUUUUAGGCAUAACCAGCAGCUGUAAUAUCAGUAAGGCACAUUUAUGCUAAAGUAGUUAGGAAAUCAAUUAGUCUGUCUUUUAGUGAUUACUGAAUUGUUCAUUAUGUAGUUAUUAGAGGAGCAUGUCUUGAUGUACAGAAGUCUGACAUGGUGAAUUUUAUAGGAUUCCUACUAGCCUCUCAAACAUGUCUAGAACAUAUCCGAAACUUGGCCUCUAGUCUCAAGUGCCUUGCCUUAGAUGAUAACCAUGAGCAUCGAUAUUUAGAGGAUUGUUGUAAAAGCAGACACAGGUAGACAAAGCUUCUGCACACAUUUCUGCAAAUAUGUCUACUUUAUUUUUUACUUUGCAUUAUAUGUAUAUGCCGUAGUGUACCGCCCCAAUCCUAUGUCAAAGUAUUUCCUCAGAUUAUAGUUGUAUGAAGAUAUAAAUCUUGUCAGUGCCUGUGUCCUGACUUCACGCUUACAACAAAGCUAAAGAAAUAUAUAUUUUCCUUGUCUUAACAGGCAAUGGUGCUUCAGUAUAAUUUCAAAUGACCAUCUUUGAUUUAAUGUUUGGGAGUAUGCAAGCAAGGAAACAACUCUGGUCUUGUUUGUAAACAAGAUAAAAACAGGCUCUGCUAUACAUUUUAGACUCGUGUUUGUUGUAAGAAAUGCAUAAUUCUGUAGUGUUUACAGAAGACAUCGGUGUUGAACCUGUAAAUUGUGUUUUCAAAUACGACAGUGUAAUGUGCUUAGCUAGGUUAAUCUAAUUGAAAUGACCUUCUACUGUGUUCAAAAUAUGUAUUUUUCCUCGCUCUAUCUUGGUCCUUUAAUAUUUACAGCAAUUAGUAUGUUAAGUAGAAAGAACCCUUAUAUAUUCCCAGGUACACGAUUUGUAACUUAGAAAAAUUUAGAAAUAAAAUUGUUUACAUUUACAUGGAUGGUAAUUCAGAAACUCAGAGAAAAACAAAACUUGUGUUUCUCCUAAAAUACAAAAAGAAGAAAGGUAUUGUGUUCCCUCAUGUUUAUCAAGUUAAAAUGGCAGGCAAAACAAUUUUAUUGCAUGUCUUAUAAGCGUCAUACGUUAACCAGCUACAAAUCUAGAUCACACUGCCAGAUAUAUUUGUAUUGUCAUUCUAGCAUACUGUAGAGUCGAUCACUUACUUCACUUCUGCAAGUGUAGUUGUAAUGCAUUUAGAUUCUUGAAUGUUGUUGUGCAUACACAGUUCAGAUUUCAGACAUCAGUAGCCUAAAUUCUCACUCACAAGUUAAGCAGUAACACGUUUUACUUAAUAUAUAUAUAUCAAAAUGGCAUAACAAUGACUUCUUGUUACCUAACAUUCAGAGACAUGUCAUGGUGUCUAACAUUUGCUAUACCAAGUUUAUAACUUCUAUAAUGUUAUAGUUCAAGUAAAGUACCACUUAAACAAAGACUCAUUGGAUGAAGACUGUUUGAAUAAAUUGUUUUGUUAAUUUUCGUUUUAGUCAGUCACACGUUUGGGUACUUGUGAAUCUUCUAAACAUUGUUACAGGCCAAUCAAUGUACUGCUGUAGAAUGUCUCGAUUCUUAAAUUGGUUGUUGGAGAAUCCUAAUAAAGCUACUGGGCUACAGUAAAUGGUGCAUUCUAAUAAUCCGCUCACCCCAAUUUUUUAUAUCACAGGUUUUUUAUUUUUCCUUUGACGACGACUAAGUUAAUGUGGACUUGACUCAAAUGAACCAAAGUGGUGUUGUAGUUUGUUCUUAUAGUUACUUUUCAAAGUAAUGAAAUUUACAAUUUAGUAUAACAUUCUCUUCAAUGGUUCAAUGCCAGAAAGAGAGAACUAUGCCAACUGCUUUUGCUGAUAAUAGUAAUGGACUUAAAGCCCAUUUGUAGUUUUACCAAAGACCUUUACUGCUAUUGUUAUGUUUCCUUUUUUAUUUUUAUAACUAUUUUCAUUUUAGCAAUCUAAGCAAAUCGUUAGAAACCUAAUUUGAAACAAACCAAACCUAGCACCUUAUGUAUAUUGGUGUGUGCAUUUACAGAAACUAAUGGCAUCACUGUACUUUUUUUGUAAAACAAAUGAUUGUGGUUAGUAACAUACACAGAAUUCUGAAACGUGACUAUUUUAAUUGGCAGUUGUCUAGAGUAAAGGAAUUUCAGAAGUGAGUGAAAUGUGUUAAUAUUCUUAAGUGGCCAU